UUCUUAAUAUACAUAAUAAUUGUAUUUUAAUCAAUUGUUUAUUAUUAUUAUUAUUAUUAUUAUUAUUUCAACAAUUAAUUUGUUUUUAUAUGAUCUGUGAUAAUAAUUGCGACGGUUAUACUGAGCAAUUCAAUGGUUUUUUUUAUUUGUGUGAAUAGUGCAAAAUUAUCAUCUGUGUUAUAAUUUAUUUUUUUUUUUUUAAAUGUUAUUAUUUUGGAGAAACUGUGACGUAUUAUUCCCACAGUGUUUAUGUGUGUGACAAUUUUUCGGAUUCUAUUUUGUUAUUUUUGAUAAAUUAUACUUAAUUUGUUUUGGGAAUUAUUAUUGAAAAACUAGAAUUUGGCGGCGGCAAAGUUACAAACAGAAAGAGGAUAAUUGUUAAAAGCAGUGGGACAUGCUGAGAUUUGGAAAAGCCAAGGGACACGUAGGAUAUAAAAAAUUGCUAAGGUUUUGGUGACCAUGUGGCGAGCAUGACGUACUGACUUUUCUCCAAGAAUUGACCGGAUUUUGCCGCAGGAGUUUAACAUCGGGUGUAAAUUAAAGUUCAAUUGCUGAAAUUAUGAUUUAAAAGUUUGGAUACAAAAAAGAGGAAAAAAAAAACAAGAAUAAUAAAAGUUUAAUUAAAAAAAAAAAAAAAAAAGUUUAAACAAAAAAAAAACUGGUGAUUUUUUUGGAAGAAAACAAAAAAAGAAAGAUAUCGAUAAAAUAUACCGGAAGGAAGAAAAAAAGGUGGACAAGUGAAAAUUAGAGUUCAAGUGGUGCCAGUGUGGACACAAUAGCACCUUUGGUGCCCUCGGCCGCGUGUCCCGAGGGGGUGGACGCCAUGGCGGCUUCAUCAUCCUCGUCGAGUGGCGAGCAACAAUACUCACUCAGAUGGAAUGAUUUUCAAUCUAGUAUACUGAGUUCUUUUCGUCAUUUACGUGAUGAAGAGGAUUUUAUUGAUGUAACACUUGCAUGUGAUAGUAGCAGUUUUACUGCUCACAAAGUUGUUCUUUCAGCAUGCAGUCCCUACUUUCGUCGGCUACUCAAGGCUAAUCCAUGUCAACAUCCAAUUGUUAUCUUGAGGGACGUUGCGUCAUCUGAUAUGGAAUCUUUAUUGAGGUUUAUGUAUCACGGUGAAGUGCAUGUUGGACAAGAACAAUUGGCAGCUUUUUUAAAAACAGCACAGAUGCUUCAGGUACGAGGUCUUGCUGAUGUUAAUAGUAGUACAGCUGGUACAAAAGAUCCACCAACAACUGGAUCAACUGGACGAGACAAUGGUGAUUCACCGAUAAUACCAAGAAAUCUAUGGAAUGACAGUUCACGAAAUGACCCAAAUGAUAGUGGUCUAAGUCCUCCACCAGAAAAACGACCACGAAGUUAUUCACCACCAGUUGGUAAUCAUCUAGAGCACAAAAAUGAACUUCAAGACUCUCUUCUUGGACAGGCACUUGAAGGCGGACCAACAAUACAUACGACAAGCAAUAAUAUACAGGCACAAUCUAUUGGCGAAGAUUCAAAUUCCAUGUCUGAAAAUGACGAAGAAAUGUCAAAUAAUGACAGUAUUUUAAAUUCAGUCAAAACGGAACCAAAUGAUUUACUUAAUGAUUCAAUGGAACAUCAUCGUAACAGUUUUCCUGCAGCACUUCUUGGUCUUCAAGGCUUAAUGCCAGGUCCAUCAGGAAUUCACGCAGCCAAUCAAGAUCCAAAUUACGUUUCAAGAAGAGGUCUCGAUAUGAUGAGAGUACGAGCAACAGAUCCACGACCAUGUCCAAAAUGUGGUAAAAUAUAUCGUUCAGCUCAUACAUUACGUACACAUUUAGAAGAUAAACAUACAGUAUGUCCGGGUUAUCGUUGUGUAUUGUGUGGUACUGUUGCUAAAUCACGUAAUUCAUUACAUUCACAUAUGUCACGUCAACAUCGUGGUAUAAGUACAAAAGAUCUUCCAGUUUUACCAAUGCCAAGUGCUUUUGAUCCUGAACUUGCAUCACGUUUACUUGCUAAAGCUGGUGUUAAAGUUAGUGCUGCUGAAUUACGUGCACGUGCUAGUCCAACUGGUCCACGUAGAAAUGAUAUGCGUCUUGAAUUACCUCGUGGUAGUAGUAGUGGAGGUGGUGGUGGUGGUGCACCAUCAGAAGCUGGUAGUUCAAUAUGUGGUGGUGAUGAUCCAGAAGACUUAACAUUACCAUUAAGUUUAAGAUAUGGAUCAUCGACACCGAAUAACAAUACAGUUAUAACAAAAAUCACAAAUAAUAAAACCGGAACUGCUGCUAAAACAAUGGAUAAUAUGUUACAUGGACAUAAUCGUGAGCCAAAUACACCACCAAUGCAUAGGUCUGGACACUUGCCAAUGCAUCAAAAUAUACCUGGACAUCAUAAUAGUGCAACUGGAUCAGCAUUAUUGGAUACAUAUUUACAAUUUAUUGCUGAAAAUUCAGCAUUAUCAAUGGGUCUUAGUCCUGAACAACAGGCUGCAAUCGCAACAGCACGUGCUGCUAAACUUGCACAUAUGAAUGCAAUGGAUAAACUUGGUGCUCGUGGACUUGAAGAUUAUCCAAUGAUUAGUCGUGAUGAGGGACGAGGGGUUGUUCAUGAAGAUCGUAAUGAUCAACAUCAUGAUAAAUCAGAUAAUAUUCAUUUACGUAAUAAUGAAGAUGAUGAGGCUGAAUCAUCAAAUGGCGAGGAUGAUGAUUUCAGUGAUAAUGAUGAGCCUGAAGCACUCAAAGCUGAAUAAUGUCGUUUUAUUAUUGUUUUUUUUUUUUAUUAAUUUUUCUUUUAUUAUUAUUAUUAUUAUUAUUAUUAUUAUUAUUAUUUUAAAAAAAAUAAUAUUUCUUAAGAAUGCAAGAGCCUCAACCAUGAUGUUUAUUUUUUACGUGAAGAAAAAGAAAAAAAUAGAAGAAUCUAUCAUUUACUACCUCAUAUAUUGUAGAUCUAAUUUUUUUUUUAUAUUAUUAUAUACUUACUGGAUGAAGAUAACAAAAUCUAUAAAAGAAUCUCUCGGCAAAGAAACAAAGUUUAUUUUGAGUCAAUAUACAUAAAAUGGUUUUAUAUACAUUCUUAUAACUAAUUCCAUCCGUCUACCUCAGUGCACAUAAUAGAGCAACAGAAAGUUAUUACGUUUACAAGUGUUUUAUAUUUUUUAUUAUAUUAUAAUUUGUUUUUUUUUUUUUUACUUUUCCGUUUAUUUUUUAUUAUUUUUUUUUAUUUAAAAAAAAAAAAAAAAAUGAUAUAAAAAUUGAUAAUAUUUGUUGAUACGAAAAUAUUGAAAUGGAUUUUUACACCGUCCUUUUGAGAACUUUGUAAUUUUUAAUUAAAAAUAAAAAUUACAAAGUGAUUAAGCAUGUUUAAAGAUAAAAAAAAAUGAAAGAAAAAAAAAAAAAAAAGAAACAUAAUAAACGUGAGUAUAUUUGAUGAAUGAAGACAUUGCUAUUUUUUUUUUUAUCACAUUCAAUGUUUUCAAAAAAAAAAAAAAAAAAAAAUUUAUAAUAAUUUCUAGUUUUUUUUUUUUUUUUUUAUGUCAUUGGACCAUAUGUUAUUAAUGAUAGUUUUUUUUUUAUUUUUAUUAUUCAGUUUGACGACAAUCAAAAACGAUUAUUACGAUGCUUACUUAAAUUUGUUUUGGCUUCAAUUUUUUUUCGUUAAAUUAAUUGUUGAGUUAAAUAUUACUGAUUAUUAUAUUUCAAAUAAUGAACAUGAAUAAUUUUGUCAUGAAAAUUAAAAAAUGAAAAACAAAAAAUAAUAAUAUUGCCAUUUCUAAAAAUAAUUUUAUGUUUCGCAUUUAUAUGAGUUAUUUGAUUAAUAUGUAAAAAAACAUAUUGUUGAAAAGAAAAUGAAUUUUUCUUUAAAUUAAAAUUUUGAAAAUUAAUAAUUAAUUAUAAAAAUGAGCUCGUGAAUGAAUAAUGAUGUUUAAGUUUAGAUUAUGUCAAUAUCUGCACGAAUGAAAAUUGAAAAAAAUUAAAAUAUCUGAAGAGAAUUUAAAUUAGUAAAAUAUAAAAUUUAAGGAAAAAUAUACUUUUUUUUUUUUUUUUUUUUUUUUUAAGAGCAUAGUAUCAAUACUGAAAGAAGCAAUGCGUUUUUUUUUGUUAUAAUUGAGGAUAAAUUUAUGUAUAGAAUUCGACACAAAAAAAAAAAAAAAAAAUUCCGCCCUGGCUGUGGACGAUUUUUCAUGCCUUCUUUCAGUUUUUAUUUUCAAUUUUUUCAUCAAUUAUACGAAAACGUAUACGAGAAUAAAUGAAUGUGGUUUUGCAGUGUAUACGAUUUUGCAAUUAGUAAUAAAUUAGUUGAAAAAAUAUAAAAUUUAAAAUUAGUACAAAAUCAGUGUUAGUUGUACGAUCAAAAAAAUAAAUAAAUAAAGUUAAAUCCACAGACGGGGUACAGUACUUACAGAAUUCUAUAAAUAAAUAAAUAUUAAAAAAAAAUUUUAAAUAAUAAAAUUUAAAAAAAAAUCCAGGUCUUAGCGGUACAAAGAUACCAAUUCUUGCCUUGAAGCUCUCUAUUAGCUAUUUUAUAAAGAUUGAAAAAAAAAAAUUGCAAAUAAGAAAUCACGCUAAACAAUUGGAAAAAGUUGAAGCAAAUGAAUGCAUAAAAUCAACUUUCAGAGUACAAAAAUUUUUUGAAUACAUACUCAACUCGAAAUUUACGAGAAAAAAAAAAAAGAAAAAAUUAUUCUGUGCCAUAGAAAGAUAAGAGCGUCUAGUUUUACAAAAAAACAAAAAAAGAAAAAAAAAAGUGAGUUGCAAGAGCCAUAACAUUUUUGAUUUGUUUUGAAUGAUAUUUACCAUGAAAAUCGGCGAGUCUGAUUAAUGAAUGUGUGUAUGAUAAUGAUUUUAUUAAAAAUAGUUAUUAUAAUUAUAUUAUAAAAAUAAUAAUAUUAAUAAUAUUGAAACUAAAAAAUGACAGUAGUAUAAAACGAGCCAGAUAUCCACUGAAGUGACAAAGUCAAGUCUCUCUAUCACUUAAGAUUAUUUCAAUAUACAAAAAUAAAGAUGAAUAAAUAAAAAUAUACAUGUAUGUAUAUAUAAGUAUAUGUAUACACAGAUUUUUACAAAUUAUAUUUUUUACUGACAAAUAAAUAAUAAAUAAAAAAGAUAAUAACAUAAAAUAAAAAAUAGAAAGCAAAAAGUGGGUAAAAUAAAAAAAAAAAAACAAAAACCAAUAAUAAUUAUAAAUACAAUCUUGUCUUACCAACGUAAUAUAGUCUGCAAUAGUCACUUUGUUCAAUAAUAAUUAUAUGAAUACAGAUAACCAAUUACAGUAUUGCAAUAGUUUAAAAUAUGUAAAAGAAAAAAACACAAUUAGCUAACAAUCAACAGAUUAUAAUAAUCAAUCGAUUAUUGCAUUUAAUAAUAUAAACAAUAUUUUUUUAUUUAUUGUUUAUAACUCAGGACAAUAAAUGUUUGAAUUAAAUAAUAAUAAUUUUAAUAAAUAUUUAUUAUUAUUAUUAUUUUUUUGUAAAAUUUUCGAUUGAUAAAAAUAUAAUUAUUCUGUUAUAUUGAUGCUAUUUGUGUCUCAGGUACUUAUCAAAAUAUUUACGAUAAAUGUUGUAAAAUAAUAACAUAUUAUUGUGAUUUAAAAAAAAAAAAAUAAACUCAGGAAAUAACUGAAGCAGGCAGGCCGUGAUAAAUAUUACAUAUAAAUAAAUGAAAAAUAUUUUUUUUUGUUUUUUUUUUUUUCUUUAUUUAUUUAUUUUUUCUUUACUCAACUACUAUUUGUUUUACAUAGAACCACAUUAAUUUAUACUAUCAGAAUGAAGAAAAAACAUAUAUAUUAUAUAUUGCCAUUGCUACCUCCAUAAAUCUGUUAAAUGUAUUUCAGUCUGUAUGAUAUCAAAAAAUACUAUACAAUUGUUUGUUUUUUCUUUUAUUCUCAACUAAAUCACAUAAUGGUGUCUACUUUUUACGUUAAAUUGUACAAUAUUAAUUUUUAUUUUAUAUUUUUUUGUCAUUAAGAAAUUUAUAAAUUUUCAUUUACUUGUACAACUAUACAAUAUCCAAUGAGAAUCUGAUUUUUUGUUUUUCUUUAAUUAAAAAAAAAAAAACAUUCUGUUUUUUUUUUAAUUUUUUUUCUGUUUACCCACAUCAACUGCAUAGUUUUUUAAGAAAAUUGUAAACAAUUAAAAACGGAACGAAUGUAGCAAUAAUGAAAAAAAAAAAAAAAAAAAUGAAUAAAUUAACAGAUAUCAAAAGACUUGACAAGUAAAUUUUAAAAACAUUUUUUUACAAUGUGAAAAGAAAAAAAAAGAAAAAUCACUGCCAAUAUUUUAAUAGCUCUUUCGUUUCGUAAUAUCAAAAAAAAAAAAAAAAAAAAAUGCUGAUAAUUCCAAAUUAACAAUGCAAUACAAUGUACUUACACAUUUAUAUAAUCUUUUUUUUUUUUUUUUUGUCACUGAAACUAUUAUUAUUUGGUUUUUAAAUAUGAGUAUGGAUGAUUGCAAAUAAUUAUGUGUGUGAGAUUAAAAUAUAAAGUUUACAAAAACCGAAAAACAAUGAUGGAUAAUAGAAAAAAAAAAAUAAUUUUCGAAAUAGCAAUUAAAAAAAUGAAUAUUGCAAAGUUUGGUGAAAUAGUUGUUUGCAUAAUUAUAGUUGUAUGUAAAUAGAUGAUAAAUUAAUAUUAUGUACGUAGUGAAAUGUAAAUUACUUGGAUACGUGAUAUUUACACAAAAAAAGUAAAAGGAAAAAAAAAAAAAAACAA